AGGGUGGCAGGACUUAAUGCAAAUGAAUGUAGAAGAAACUGUCAGCUGCCCUGUGGUUCAACCAAUAGAAGCACAGCUCCAUCUUGGCUGUGCACUAGACUGCAUUACAAACAGACUGUACCAUCGAUACCAUCGCUUCAACAGCAGCCCUUCAGACAAGAGCCACUAUUCCCUGAUUCAGGUCCCUAUCCUCGAAGUUUAAAGGAGUGGAAAUAGGAGCCGAAAAUACACAGAACUAAGAAGAUUCAAAAGAACAAUACAAGAAGUGGAAUCCUAAGAAUGGCCUCCCUGAGCUCCAGCCUAUGGAAUGAAACCACUACAUCUGUUUAUCAGUACCUUGGUUUUCAAGUUCAAAAAAUUUACCCUUUCCAUGAUAACUGGAACACUGCCUGCUUUGUCAUUCUGCUUUUAUUUAUAUUUACAGUGGUAUCUUUAGUGGUGCUGGCUUUCCUUUAUGAAGUGCUUGACUGUUGCUGCUGUGUAAAAAACAAAACGGUGAAAGACUUGAAAAGUGAACCCAACCCUCUUAGAAGCAUGAUGGACAACAUCAGAAAACGUGAAACUGAAGUGGUUUAGCACUCUACAUAAGAUAAGCAAAAUCUCUGAAAACAGCCUUCAACUUUGGAGAAAAAAAUUUUCUGAGACCAACUGUUAUUAUAAAAUUGACUGACUUUGAAUGAUUAAGAGAUCUCUACUAGAAGUGGUUCUCAACUUUCUGGCCCUUUAAAAACAGUUCCUCAUGCUGUGACCCAACCAUAAAAUU